GUAAAGGCUACCAAGCGCUUAAAGACCCUGCGAUGGAUCACCACCAUAUUCCUUCUGGUGUCUGACCACCUUUCAGGACAUUCCAUAACAUACUCACUCAAGAUGCUCUACCGACUACUUCUCACAAUUUGCUUUGCUGGUUUUACAGCUGCCGUUCGCUAUCAGAACGGGUCUGGGUGCAAUAGUAUCACACAAAUUCAAGGAUGUGAAUCAGUUGGAGAGACGUCGACCAUCAACGGAGUGGAUAUUUAUCAGUCCUUUCCGAAGGGUGAGAAGAAUCAGACGAAUGCCAAAACUAUACUUUUCGUCACGGAUUUUUAUGGCAUUGCCUCUAUUAACAAUAGGCUUCUCGCAGAUCAAAUGGCCCUCGCGAAAUACCAUGUAAUAAUGCCCGAUCUCUUUAAUGGUGACCCAGUUCCCAUGAGCAUGCGCGAAGGCACUCCCGCCCUCAACAUCACCGAGUGGCGCGCUCGACAUCCCAUCUCCGAGAUUGACUCCAUAGUCGCUUCUACUAUCGCCUACAUCAAGAGUCAACCGAGUUCUUCUCAGAAACUUGGCGCCGUGGGCUAUUGCCUUGGGGGAAAGCAUGUCCCGCGUUUCAUGGCGACGGGCAGGGGAAUCGAUGUUGGAUUCAUUGCACAUCCGUCAAAUUUGACGACUGAAGAAGUGCAGGCAAUUUCUGGCCCGAUUAGUAUUGCUGUAGGUGAAUUUGAUAAUCAAUGGACGAAACCUCUCCGGCGUGGCGCCAUCGAUAUUUUGGAAUCUAGGAAUGCUACAUACCAACAGAAUCUUUAUUCUGGCGCGUUCCAUGGUUUCGGUGUGCGGCCCAAUGUCAACGUGACGCGCGAGCGGUAUGCAAAGGAGGCUGCUUACGUGCAAGCGAUCCAGUGGAUGGAUGCUUGGCUUUGA